AUUCCAUCACUCCACUCACCAACCCUGAUCACACAAUCAAGCGCAUCGCAUGCAUUGACUCCGCGAAGAACCCGAUCACAGCCCUGCAUAAACAAAACCAGACGGUUAACGAGAGCCACAGGUACUCUCACCAGAACAAUAUCGCAUACACACUCUCUUCUUCUCUCAUUCUCGCCAUUCCCUCUUCCUCGUUCGGGUUCAGAUGGAGUCGCGAGUGCUGUCACGCGCCGGAGCCUUCUCCUCCCUCGCUCACCUCCGCAAGUCUCCGCGGGACGUCGCUGGCGGUGCCUCCUUCGUCACGGUGAAGACCGUGGGGUCCCUUGCGGAAGGUGGGAAUCUGAUUUGGGGGAGGCAGCUGCGUCCGGAGCUCUGCUCGCCGGCGCUGAAGAAGGAGGCCGUCCUCCUCCGACCUUGCCUUGCCGCCACCUCCUCACCGGCCGAGGGUGGUGAUUCCGCCGGGGAAAAGGUUGCUCCCGCGGGAUUCUUCGACAAAUACCCCGCUCUUGUCACAGGGUUUUUCUUCUUCACGUGGUACUUCUUGAACGUGAUUUUCAACAUCCUCAACAAGAAGAUCUACAACUAUUUCCCCUAUCCGUACUUCGUAUCCGUCAUCCAUUUAUUCGUCGGUGUGGUGUACUGUUUGGCGAGCUGGACCGUGGGCCUUCCUAAGCGUGCUCCUAUAGACUCCAACCUGCUGAAGUUGCUCAUUCCGGUGGCUGUGUGCCAUGCAUUAGGCCAUGUGACCAGCAAUGUCUCAUUUGCUGCAGUUGCUGUUUCUUUCACGCAUACCAUUAAAGCUCUUGAACCAUUCUUCAAUGCUGCUGCUUCACAGUUCAUCCUUGGCCAAUCCAUUCCCAUCACUUUGUGGCUGUCUCUUGCUCCCGUUGUUAUUGGUGUGUCCAUGGCAUCUUUGACCGAGCUCUCAUUCAACUGGGUUGGCUUCAUAAGUGCUAUGAUUUCAAACAUUUCCUUCACCUACCGGAGCAUCUAUUCAAAGAAAGCCAUGACUGAUAUGGAUAGUACCAAUAUCUAUGCCUACAUUUCCAUCAUUGCUCUAAUUGUCUGCAUACCUCCUGCAGUAAUUGUGGAAGGCCCUGCUCUGUUGAAGCACGGCUUCAAUGAUGCUAUUGCUAAAGUAGGUUUGGUCAAGUUCGUCUCAGAUCUCUUCUGGGUUGGGAUGUUUUACCAUCUCUACAACCAGGUGGCUACCAACACUCUUGAGAGAGUGGCUCCUCUCACUCAUGCAGUUGGGAACGUACUGAAACGUGUAUUUGUGAUUGGAUUUUCAAUUAUAGUCUUCGGUAACAAGAUUAGCACCCAAACUGGUAUAGGAACAGCCAUUGCAAUUGCUGGAGUGGCACUCUACUCUCUCAUCAAAGCCAGGAUGGAGGAAGAGAAACGACAAGCGAAAGCAGCAUAAGAAGAAAGUGGUCAACCUGGAGGAGGUCUUGCCCUGUAAAUCACGCCAAAUUUCGUUCAAAAUAAUUGAGUGACUGGUUCAGUAUUGUACUAUCCUUGUGAUAGCGCGCUUUUAUUUUUCCUUCUUCCUUUUUGUUAAAUAUUUUCUUUUUCUUUUUCUCUAUUCAGAAAACAAUGUCUUGCUGCUGAUUUGCAGUCUUGCCGUCUCGACUGAAAAAUGAUGUACCCUUGAUUCCCAUAAAGAGCUAUUGAAACUAUUUUGAAAGCUGAAAAA